AUAAUAGGCUUCUCACUGACAAGUUUCUCGCCUAAAAAAAAUUGAAUUGUAAUUGCAAGUUCAAUUGGAUAUCUGAGUUGAAUCAUAUUCCUUGUCAUUUGUUUCGAAAAACCCAGAUCAGUUAUUAUUGUUCUUGAUAUAAAUUCAUUACCUGCUUCUCACCGUCGUCAUUAAGCAAGAAAAGAGAGAAGAAUGAGUAAUUCCACACAACACACGAUCAGCAAAAUCCUAAGAAAAACCCCAAACAAAACACUUUCAGUUUCAACAAGACAAGCAAAACAACUACACGCACACAUCGUAAAAACAAAAGGAACAUUGCACUCCGACAACAUCCUCGUACUCUCACUCUACUCAAAUCUCAACCUCUUACAACAUUCCCUCCACCUCUUCAACUCCCUUCCUUCUCCUCCACCACCUCUCGCAUGGUCUUCUAUAAUCAAAUGCUACACUUCUCACUCUCUUCUUCACCUUUCCUUCUCUUCCUUCAACUCCAUGCGUUCUCUCUCCGUUCCUCCCAAUCGCCAUGUUUUCCCUUCUCUUCUCAAAGCUUCCACUCUUUUGAAACACCAUAAACUCGCUCAUUCGCUCCAUGCUUGCACCGUUCGGCUCGGUCUUGAUUCUGAUCUCUAUAUUGCCAAUGCACUAAUCAAUACGUAUGCGAAGUUUCAUAAUGCAGGCAAGGUGUUUGAUGUAUUUCCUAAGAGAGGAGAAUCUGGGAUUGAUUGUGUUAAGAAGGUUUUUGAUAUGAUGCCUGUUAGGGAUGUUGUUUCAUGGAAUACUGUUAUUGCAGGGUUUGCUCAAAAUGGGAUGUAUGUUGAAGCAUUGGACAUGGUUAGAGAGAUGGGGAAGAAUGGUAAAUUGAAGCCGGAUUCGUUCACUCUUUCGAGUAUUCUUCCUAUUUUUGCGGAGCAUGUUGAUGUUAAUAAAGGAAAAGAGAUUCAUGGGUAUGCUGUAAGAAAUGGGUUUGAUGGAGAUGUUUUUAUUGGGAGUAGUUUGAUUGAUAUGUAUGCAAAGUGUAAUAGACUGGAAUGUUCGCUGCGUGCUUUUUACAUCUUGCCAAGGAAAGAUGCUAUUUCUUGGAACUCUAUCAUUGCUGGUUGUGUGCAGAACGGUGAAUUUGAUAGAGGGCUUGGAUUUUUUCGUCGGAUGUUGAAGGAAAAUGUGAAACCUAUGGCUGUUUCUUUCUCUAGUGUUAUACCUGCUUGUGCUCAUUUAACUGCUUUGAGUUUGGGUAGGCAGCUUCAUGGAUGUAUAGUUAGACUUGGUUUUGAUGAUAAUGAGUUUAUAGCUAGCUCUCUUGUGGACAUGUAUGCAAAAUGUGGUAACAUUAAGAUGGCUAGAUAUGUUUUUGAUAGAAUAGAUAAGCGUGACAUGGUGGCGUGGACUGCCAUCAUUAUGGGAUGUGCAAUGCACGGGCAUGCCCUUGAUGCUGUUUCUUUGUUUGAGAACAUGUUGGAGGAUGGAGUAAGGCCUUGUUAUGUGGCGUUCAUGGCUGUUUUAACUGCGUGUAGUCAUGCUGGGUUAGUAGAUGAAGGUUGGAGGUAUUUUAACAGUAUGGAGAGGGAUUUUGGCAUUGCUCCUGGUUUGGAGCACUAUGCUGCUGUUGCUGACCUGCUUGGUAGAGCUGGAAGAUUGGAGGAAGCUUAUGAUUUCAUUUCUAACAUGAGAGGAGUACAGCCCACUGGGAGUGUGUGGUCAAUACUGUUGGCUGCUUGCAGGGCUCAUAAGAGUGUUGAAUUAGCUGAAAAGGUUCUUGACAAGUUACUUUCGGUUGACUCUGAAAACAUGGGGGCUUAUGUUUUAAUGUCAAACAUCUAUUCAGCUGCACAGAGAUGGAAAGACGCUGCAAGAUUGAGAAUACACAUGAGAAAAAAGGGCUUGAAGAAAACCCCUGCAUGCAGCUGGAUAGAAGUUGGAAAUCAAGUGCAUACUUUUAUGGCUGGAGAUAAAUCACAUCCUUAUUACGACAAAAUAAACAAGGCAUUGGAUGUUUUAUUGGAACAGAUGGAGAAAGAAGGUUAUGUCAUUGACACAAAUCAGGUGCUCCAUGAUGUUGAUGAGGAACUUAAACGCGAGUUGUUACACAAUCAUAGUGAGAGACUUGCCAUAGCAUAUGGCAUCAUUAGCACUACUGCUGGUACAACCAUCCGAGUGAUAAAGAACAUUCGAGUGUGCGCAGACUGCCAUACUGCAAUUAAAUUUAUUACAAAGAUUGUUGGAAGGGAAAUCACUGUGAGGGAUAACAGUCGAUUUCACCAUUUCAAGAACGGGUCUUGUUCAUGUGGUGAUUAUUGGUGAAGCAAUAGUUAUUGUUGGAAAUCCCGUGUUGACCUCAACACUAACCGAGAGGUGAAUUAAGAAAGCAAAGAAACUGAAUUCAGGACUAAAUAUGGGUCAGGUUAAGAUACUUGUGCUGCACUAAGAUUGCGCUCUCAGCUUGAUGAAGAGAGGGUUUGGUCCUGAUUUCACAUUGUCUGAUUUCAUGUCAAGUAUCUGAAUUGAGUUCUGAUUUCCUACCUUAUGAGCAGCACUAUCUUGGUGGAUCAGCAAUCAUACAUUUCUCUGAGAAUGCAGGUUUAAGGGUCAAUGUUGUGACAGAAGGUAACUUAAAUGCAUUCUCAUGGUUAUUUGGAUCUAUGAGCUUCCACAAGUUGUUCUCUAUUUUUUUGGAGGAAGAAAAACCCUAACACUCAAUGGUUAACUAUUUGAGGUCCUAUUUGGAGGCUGAGAUGUUUUGGAACUUUAUGCUGGUAAACAGAGGCUGUUUCUGCAAGAUCAAAUUGCAUAGAGAGUUUUUUUUUUAAGGUAUAAGAUCAGCCUAAACUGGUAAUCAAUUAAUUAUACAAACCGCAAAAGUUUAUAGCAGACAAUUCAAACUUGUACCGGACAGGAAAUUGGGGUAGUAUUUGGAAACUUAAAAGUCCCACAAAAAGUGAAGAAUUUAGUAUGGAGACUUUGUCGGGGCUGCCUCCCGGCGUGAGCAAGAUUGCUCGACAAAGGGGUGAACUGUACUUCGUUAUGUGCUAUGUGUGACGAAAGUUAUGAAAACACGAGUCAUGUGUUUUUCGACUGCCCGAGGGCGAGAAAUGUGUGGCAGCACAGUUUGUUAUUGAGCAAAUUGAUUUCAGUAAUGCAAAAUAGUAACACCGCGGCUGAAAUUAUUUUUACUCAAUUACAAGAGCUGCCACAAGGCCAAGCGGAACAGUUUGCAACAUUAUUGUGGAUUGUUUGGAAAAUCCAUAAUUUGCGUGUUUAGCAGAAUGAUACGGAUACUGGGCAGGUUAUAGUUGAGCGCACAAAGCAAUUGCUGCGGAACUGGAAUUUCGCUAACUGUAAGAAACAAAUAAGUGGGACGGCUGGAGCUGCAGCUGCGCCACAUACUACAGCUGUCAUGACAGAUUCUGCAGCAACAGUAGCGCUGCCAGUUCAGUUCAAAUGGCUGAAACCGCACCAAGGUUAAAAUGCAACGUUGACGCGUCAUUUUCGGAAGCAUUGAACUGUGUUGGUUUUGGGCUGUGUAUUAGAGAUGAAUACAGGAAUUUUAUCAAAGCUAAAACAUUGUGGUCGAAUCCCGUUUGCUCUUCGGAUGUAGGCGAAGCAUUGGGUCUUUACCAUGAUAUUCAAUGGGUGCGAGAAUUACAACUUUCAAACGUAGAUUUUGAGAUGGACGCCAAGAAAGUUGUGGAUUAUUUCAAUAAGGGCAGGAAUGAUAUAUCCGAGUUUGGAGCCGUAAUGGACGAAUGUAGGAAGAAUUCCAUUGAUUAUUUUGAAAACUCUAAGGUGGAGUUUAGUCGGAGACAAUCGAAUGUGGUUGCUCAUGCUCUUGCUCAAGAAGCCACUUCCCUAGCUAGUCACCAUGUUUUUUUAUGAUGUAUCUUUUUGUAUCUCGACUUCGAUUUUUAAUGAAAAGCUAUAAGCUAUUUUCACUCUCAAAGAAAAGUUUAUAAUAUAUAAAUAAUUUUCAAUUUCCUCUUAAUCUUCAGUCAUUUGUGUAAUCAUCUCUUAUCAUUUUAGCUUUCAUUGGUUUCUGAUCU